UCAGAGCGGAUCUAGCCUUCUCACAGUGGCAGCCUGAGAACCUUUCCAAGGUGCACUGAAGAAUUCUCAAACCCGUAUUUCAGUCAACGGGCUUCACCCACACCUUUCGUCCUCCUCUUUUCCACUUAGUUCUUUCUCCCUCCCUCUCUCCCUGUUAUUGGACUGACUCAGAGAGAGAGAGAAUUGUGUUUUUUCUUAAGCACUAACGCUGUAGUGUUUCGGUAUCGCAAUUUUAAAAGAUGGAUAGAACGGAGCUGAUUCAGAAAGCUAAGCUGGCCGAGCAAGCGGAGCGUUACGAGGAUAUGGCCGCGUCGAUGAAAAUGGUAACUGAGCAAGGAGCCGAGUUGUCCAACGAGGAGAGAAACCUGCUUUCGGUCGCUUACAAAAACGUUGUGGGCGCCCGGAGGUCGGCUUGGAGGGUCAUCUCCAGUAUCGAACAGAAAACAGACGGUAGCGACAAGAAGCUUCAAAUGGUUAAGGAAUACCGAGAGAAGGUGGAAGCUGAGCUGCGAGAUAUUUGCAACGACGUACUGGAGCUUCUUGGUAAAUAUUUGAUUGAGAACUCCACCACCCCAGAGAGUAAAGUCUUCUAUUUAAAGAUGAAGGGGGAUUAUUACAGAUACCUGGCUGAGGUGGCCUCUGGAGACAGCAGGAAGGACACGAUCACCCACUCUCAGGAGGCCUAUCAGGAGGCCUUUGACAUCAGUAAGAAAGAGAUGCAGCCCACGCACCCCAUCCGUCUGGGCUUGGCCCUCAACUUCUCCGUCUUCUACUACGAGAUCCUCAACUCCCCUGAGCAGGCCUGUUCCUUGGCCAAACAGGCUUUUGAUGAAGCCAUUGCAGAGCUGGACACUCUGAAUGAAGACUCGUACAAAGACAGCACCCUGAUCAUGCAGCUGCUUAGAGACAACCUCACAUUAUGGACCUCUGACAACGCAGCAGAGGAAGGAGAGGGUGGAGAAGGAGGAGAGAACUGAGAUAUUGCUUCCUCUCGUCAGAAACGAAACAAAAAAAAGAAAAAAAAAAAGAAACCUUUUUACACAUCACUCAUUCCUUGUGUUCACUCCAGAUUAUUCUCACCGUCCCUUCAUUACCAUAGAGCUCCAGGUGUGUGUGUGUUGAGGUGCGUGCGUGCGUG